CAAUCAACACCUGAUCCUAGAGAGCAUCUUCCAGAAACCCACCUAAGCCCACAGCUUGUGCAUCCCCCCUCCAGUCUAACACCCUGAUUUGCAUAGUAAUCUCCAAUGUUACGCCAAUUUAGCCAGCCCCCCUGCAAGGGAAACUAAGGCUGCUGCUCACUGGUUGGGAUGUAACAUCUCACUCUCUCUCUUUCUUUGCACUGAUUUUUCCUCCCUUCCCUGACUUACUUCAUGAAAAGCACAGAAAACGGGUGGUCUCUACAGAGAAGCCUUCCGAGACCCCUGUCUUUAGCAUGCAACAACCCCUGUCUCAUUUCCAGAGAGCUGAUUUGGAUUAUAAAUUCCUUUGUAAAUGUGUAUGGUGAUAUUUGCUCCGCUUUUUGCAAUCUUUGCAUUUGCAACAUGUGGUGGUUACUCUGGAGAACUGAGAGUCAGCGUGGACUGCGCCAACAAAACCCAGAGCGACCUCAGAGUUGAUAUCGCCAUUUCCUAUCCCUUUAGGUUGUACCAAGUGAAUUUUGAUGCACCCACAUGUGAAGGCAAAAGGCGCGAGAAACUCUCAUUGUUAGGGGACUUCUCAUCGUCUGCCGAGUUCUUCGUCACCAUCGCGGUGUUCGCUUUCCUCUACUCCUUGGCUGCCACAGUCGUGUACAUUUUCUACCAGAAUAAAUAUCGGGAAAACAACAGGGGGCCCCUAAUUGAUUUUAUUGUGACCGUGGUGUUCUCCUUCCUGUGGCUGGUGAGUUCCUCUGGCUGGGCUAAAGGACUUUCAGAUGUCAAGGUGGCCACUGACCCAGAUGAAGUCCUCUUACUUAUAUCAGCUUGCAAGCAGCAGACUACUAAGUGCACGUCUGUGCGAGGCCCGGUUAUGUCAAGCUUGAAUACUUCAGUGGUCUUUGGCUUCCUCAACUUUAUUCUGUGGGCUGGAAAUAUUUGGUUUGUUUUUAAAGAGACUGGCUGGCACGCAUCAGGAGUGCAGAGAUAUCCUCACGAAACCACAGAAAAGCAAUCCAGCUCCUAUAACCAGUCUCUAAACCAAGGGGUCUACAGUCAAGACAACUAUGGGCAAACUCCAGGGUUCAACCAACAGCAAGGGGGGUAUGGUCAACAACCCAGCUUGGGCCAAACAGGUGGACUUGGCCAACAAAAUUAUAACCAGGCUCAGUAUAACCAAACGGGUCCAACUGCCUUUGGCAAUCAAAUUUAAUAUGAAAAAAGAAAAAUGAUAUAUCUUAUUUAUUGCAGACAGCUUGACAAGUUACCUUUACAGGGAGAUAAAUGGUUUCCAUUCCAAUUAUGGAAUAACCAAGCUGGUUCAAUAGAGUCGUAGCUGAUGGGUUGUACUUUCCAAGACCCUUACAAGAUCCUGAUCAUUAAGGUGUACAAAUGAAUUGUCUUUUCCGUGUUAGUAACCGAAUUUUGUAAUCCUAGCAAAUUUCAUAUGUGAUGAUAAAAUGCAGUGCUUCUUUGUUGUUAAUAAUCCCAGUACAUUCUAUGCAUGCCAUGUGUCCCCUCAGCGCACCCCAACAUUCUUCAUGUAUUUGUGCAUGACAAAAAAAAAACCGUUUUAAUAGAUUAGAAAUUUUUUGUGUGUAAAAUGAUUUUUAUAAAUCGUAUAAAUAUGUGUUUGAGACAACACAGUGAAGGAUGUGGGUGCUCAGUCUGGUCCUGGACUUUGAGAUUUGUGAUUCUUGUAAUGCGUUAUUCUCAUUUAUAUUAAGAAAAGGGCAACUAAGGGCUCAUUUAAGGCCAAUAACCGCAGUCGCAGUCAUGCAAAAAUUAGUGCAGUAAUCAAUUCAUGGUGAUUUGCCCUUAGCACUUGCGCUCGCAAAUGAUCCUUCCACUGUUGUAUUUCUAACUUAAAAGAUCUGUCAGAUAUUGAAGAUACACAAAGAAACACAGAACCUGAAACAGACUCAGCUAAGGCAUUGCUACAAUUGGUUCAUUAAAAUUUAUCUGAUGAGUUAUUAUCUGAUAGGGGAGAAUAUGGGGCAAAGUAAAGUUAUAAUUUUAGUUUCUAUGGUUUGAUGGUUAAUAAGAUUCAUAUUCCUGUGUUUAAUGUUUACAGUAUCUCAAUAUAAACGGUAAGUUCAUAUAAUAAAAACAGUUUUUGUGUUGGACAUGAAUAUUGUAUAUCCGACACUAUCACAUUUUGAUUGGCCAAUUUUUGAAUUACCAGUAAACCAAAAUGAAUUUUGCUUUUCGGACCUAAACAAUGGAUUGUGUCAAUGUGUACAAACAUGGAAAAACUAUUAAACCUGAGGUUU